AUGCCGCAGCCGCACGUCGUGGUGGUGCCCUUCCCGGGCUCCGGCAACAUCAACCCGGCGCUGCAGCUGGCCCAGGCUCUGCGCCACCACGGCGUCUUCGUCACCUUCGUCGCCACCGAGCACAACCUCCGGCGCGCCCAGCAGGCCGCAGCAACCGAGGGCGCCGUGAGUGGCCGCGAGGGGUUCCGGAUCGAGACCAUCCCAGACGGGCUGGUGGACGCCGACCGGGACCAGCAGGACUACGAUCUCGGCCUGUCCAAGGCCACCACCCACGGCCAGUGCACGGCGCCGCUGAGGGAGCUCGUCGCGCGGCUCCGCGGCGGCGCAACGCCCGACGUGCCGCCCGUCACAUGUGUGCUGCCCACGGCGCUCAUGAGCUUCGCCCUGGAGGUGGCCCGGGAGCUCGGCGUCCCCAGCAUGGUGCUCUGGACCAGCAGCGCGGCGGCGCUCAUGUGCCACAUGAGGCUCCGGGAGCUCAGGGAAAGAGGCUACCUACCACUCAAAGAUGACAGCUGCUUAACGAACGGCUACCUAGAGACGACGAUCAUCGACUGGAUCCCCGGCAUGCCGCCGAUCAGCCUCGGCGACGUCUCGAGCUUCGUCCGCACCACCGACCCGGACGAUUUCGGCCUGUGGUUCGGCGACACCGAGUCCAACAACUGCACCAAGGCCGGCGCCCUCAUCAUCAACACGUUCGACGCCCUUGAGCCGGACGUCCUCGCCGCCCUCCGUGCGGAGUACCCGCGCAUCUACACCGUCGGGCCGCUGGGCUCCCUUCUCCGCCGGCACCACGACGAGGAAGACGACGCCGGCGGCGGCUCGCUUGACCUGAGCCUGUGGAAGCACGACACCGAGUGCCUGGCCUGGCUGGACGCGCAGGCGCCGGGCUCCGUCGUGUACGCCAACUUCGGCAGCCUCACGGUGGUCACCACGGCGCAGCUGGCGGAGUUCGCGUGGGGCCUCGCGGAGACGGGCCGCCCGUUCCUGUGGGUCAUCAGGGAGGACAUCGUCGCCGGCGUCGUCAGCGGGUCGGCGGCAGCGCUGCCGCCGGCGUUCCAGGCGGAGACGGCAACGCGGGGCCGCGUGGCAAUGUGGUGCCCGCAGGAGCGGGUGCUGCGGCACCGAGCCGUGGGGUGCUUCCUGACGCACAACGGGUGGAACUCCACGUGCGAGUGCCUCGCCGCCGGUGUGCCGAUGGUGUGCUGGCCGGUGUUCGCGGACCAGUUCACCGUCUGCGAGUACGCGUGCGAGGUGUGGGGCGUGGGGCGCCGGCUGGACGCCGAAGUGAGGAGGGAGCAGGUCGCUGCGCAUGUCGGUGAGGUGAUGGAGAGCGUGGAGGUCCGGAGGAGCGCGGCCAGGUGGAAGGCGGUGGCGGAGGAAGCUGCUGGCGCCGGCGGGUCGUCGCACGAGAACCUGCUGGGCGUGGUGGAAGCGCUCGGGGUCAGCUCGCUCAACUCCGAGUAG